CUCUCUUUCUAGGUCUCCUGAAAAUGGCGAAUCCGACACAAGUUAGGAGACAAGUCCAACGGCAAGGUUUUGGGUGGAAUCGGCUCUCGAGAACUAUUAACCGCAGAUUCUUCCGUUUGUUUCUGAUUCUUGCAUUCUUGGCUGUAAUUCCUCCUAUUUUCUUCCAUUUCAGACUCCGGCGAUUUCAACAGAUGCAACUUAAAAAGUGUGGUUGGCUAAAUAAUCCUCCAAUUGUCUGCGCUCAUGGGGGUGAUUCAACCAAGGCCUUUCCCAACACUAUGUCUGCAUAUCGCAUUGCUCUUCUUUCUCAAGUAGAUUGCAUUGAGAUUGAUGUUUCCCGCACUUCAGAUGGAUCAUUGUUUGCUCUCCAUGACAGGGAUUUGCAGCGGAUAUCUGGUAAUAAAACUGCAAAAGUUGGGCACUUGAGCAUGAAAGAGAUAAAAGAACUCAGUGGCAGGCAUCAGUUCCUACAACAGUUCGAUGAUCAAGAUAUUCCUAUGAUUGAAGAUGCUUUGACGUCAGUGUCAAGGUCAGUUCGGCAGGUGAUACUGGAUGUAAAAGUUGGGCCUCCAUCAUAUGAGCAAGGGCUUGCAAGGGACAUUAUUUCUGUUGUGGAGAAGACACGAUGUAAAAACUGCCUAGUUUGGGCUAAAAGUGACAUUUUAGUGAGGGAUGUGAUUAAUCUCUCAUCAGACACUACAGUUGGUUACAUUGUUAUGAAGGAUCCAUCAACCGGUGUUAGAACAAACUUAUUGAGGAUGAAAGGUGCUACGGUUGUUGGUGUUUACCACCCUUUGAUUAAUGAGAAACUUGUGAAGAUUUUGCAUGGGAGCAAUAAGAAGGUUUAUGCUUGGACAGUUGAUGAUCAAGUUUCCAUGCGCAAAAUGCUGUUGGAAUGUGUAGAUGCCAUUGUCACCAGCAAUCCCACUCUUCUUCAACACCUUAUGCAGGAAAUUAGAACAGAAUGCCUUGACGAAGGAUUUUCUUUUCUUUGAUAGGCAUUUUCCCCUUGUUUUGAUCCAUCAAUUUUUAGUAAAUUAAAAUUUUGUAUGUAGGGAUUUUGAACU